CAAAAUACGAUGCAUUUGUGUUCGACACAAGCGGCGCACGCGUUUAUUAUGGCGAUUACAUGCUUUUAGGACGAACAGCUGAUUCGGGAAAUGUUUUCGCGCGUGAUUCACGUAACGUAUGAUUCCUGAGAACAUAAAGGAUCAAAUUCGUCGGUGAGAAAAUCCUAUAAGUAUCUCGCUUUUGUUAAUACAAGCGUUUGCUUCGAAAAGAUGCGUAUUGACGUGUCCUAAUGACGUAAUUGGUCGAAGAGGCGAGACAGUGCUCACGAAUGCUCCACGUACGUGUCAAGAGCGAAUUGCGUGCUUUGUAUACCGCGUGCCUGAGGGCGAUGAGCACGUUAAGGUCACCGGUGUUGAGUCUGUAAUGAAGCCCCUCGUUUAAAUUUUCGUCGAGCAAUGAAGUCCAACGAAGUCGUUGUGUUUCUGCUGUUCCUGUCGUUGUUUACUCUGUGCACCGCGGCAUUGGAAAAUACGAAAAAGCGCGGUGAUAUUACGCAAAAGUCAAAUUCUAAUGAGGAAACCGAAGAAGAGGUUGCCGUGGAGGAUAUGGAGAACGCUUUCGAACAGCUGCGCGAACUGAGUGCUCUGCGUGAUACGAUAUUGAAGUUAGUACCAGCAACCGAUCCGAUUUAUGAUAAAAUUAGCAAGCAAGUAAAUCAGAAAGACGAUGCGGAGAGAAAAACAGAGGCUACCGGCAAGGAAAAUCUUUUGGAAAAUCCAGGCACGAGAAAUGUAUGGAUGAAGACUAUGAUAGCUCAAACAAAGGACAUAGAUCCCUCGACUAUAAAUGCAAGGCAAUUGGAGGAUGAGGAUAUAGAAUCAUGGGAAGAGCUGUAUGACAUAUUGGACGAUGAAGUUCAAGAGCCAUUGUCACCAGAACAACAGACAGCCGAGCAGUUGUUUAAGAAUGCACAAAGUAUCUUAAAUGCAAUGCGUGCUAACAAAUCCGAGGGUUAUGAAAUUCUCAUCGAAGCAGCAAAGUUGGGUCAUCGAGAAGCCAGAUCUAUAUUGGCAUGGGCGAGGUUACUCGGAUCUCGCUUGGGUCCUGCUUCUCUACGAGUGUCUACUGACGAUAUACCUAGUAUAUUUGAGAUAUUCAAGGAGCUUGCAGAUACCGGACUCCCGUCCGCUCAUUUGGGAUUGGGAUUUUUAUACGCAACUGGUAUUGGUGGCGUCAAUGCAUCUCAAGGAAAAGCUUUACUUCAUUAUACUGUAGCUGCCCUUGGUGGAGACACUCGAGCUCAAAUGGUUAUGGGAUAUCGUCACUGGGCAGGUGUAACGACACCGGCCUCUUGCGAGAAAGCUUUAGAUUUUUAUCGAAAAGUGGCGAAAAAGGUCGCGGAGGAAGUGUCACUGAGCGGUGGCCCCGUAGUUCAACGAGUUCGACUAUUGGACGAGCAUGAAAAUCCGGGAUACAGUUCCGGAGUUUUUGACCAAGAUUUAAUAGAAUAUUAUCAAUUAUUAGCCAAAAAAGGCGACACUCAAGCGCAGGUCGGCCUAGGUCAGCUUCAUUAUCAAGGAGGUAGAGGAGUUCCUUUGGACCACGAAAGAGCUGUACAGUAUUUUCAACACGCCGCGGAUGCUGGUAAUCCAGUUGCAAUGGCUUUUCUUGGAAAGAUUUAUUUGGAAGGAAGUGAAAUUGUCAAGCAGGAUAACGAGACAGCGUACAAAUAUUUCAAAAAAGCUGCCGAAUUAGGGAAUCCAGUAGGCCAAAGUGGAUUGGGUUUGAUGUACUUAUAUGGAAUGGGAGUGGAAAGGAAUACUGCCAAAGCAUUGCAAUACUUCAGUCAAGCUGCGGAGCAAGGUUGGGUCGACGGACAGCUACAAUUAGGAAAUAUGUAUUUCAGCGGUACAGGCGUCAGGCGUGAUUAUAAAAUGGCAAAUAAAUAUUUCAACUUGGCCAGUCAAUCUGGACAUGUACUGGCUUACUAUAAUCUCGCCCAGAUGCAUGCCACUGGUACUGGAAUGAUGAGAAGUUGUCCAACAGCUGUGGAAUUAAUGAAGAACGUUGCCGAAAGGGGGAAAUGGAGUGAUCAAUUGAUGGUAGCGCAUACCGAUUACAAAGAGGGCAGAGUGAACGAAGCGUUCUUGAACUAUGCUCUUUUCUCCGAAAUGGGUUACGAGGUUGCGCAGAGUAACGCGGCAUUUAUUUUGGAUAAAGGAGAGACCGACGUUCUACUGGAAGAAGAAGGCUUGGUUAGAGCGUUGGCGCUAUGGGCGCGAGCUGCCGCACAAGGAUACUCCGCAGCGCAGGUGAAACUUGGCGAUGCACAUUAUUACGGUAGAGGAACGAAAGUCGAUUACGAGGCGGCCGCGGGCCACUAUCGUUCGGCAUCCGAGCAACAACACAACGCUCAAGCUAUGUUCAAUUUAGGAUAUAUGCACGAGCGUGGUCUAGGUUUAGCGAAAGAUCGCCAUUUGGCGAAGCGAUGCUACGAUUUAGCCGCGGAUGCUAGUCCCGACGCAAGAAUACCUGUAGCUCUAGCUUUGAUCAAGCUUUCCUUCCUCUUCGGCCUUGAUUAUCUACAAGAAUUUAGUUUGGUCGAUCAGUUAGAUAAAUGGGAUCAGCUGCUUGGACAAAAUUGGGAUCUAUAUCUUAUCGGAUUUCUCACAGGAAUGCUUAGUCUUAUUAUCUACUUCCGCAGACCGCAGCCACCUCCCCCACCGAGAAUUGUUGCUAACUAAAUUUUCUACUCUUUCAUUCAUUAUCUUAUAUAUAUAUAUAUACAUAUAUAUACAUAUAAGUAUACAUAAAUAUUUCUAGGCUAAGCUUGGAAACAAAUUUUAUAAGGGAUUCAUAUUGGGAAAUCAUUUUUAUAAUGUAAUUCGUCCUUCCGAUAUGGAGCAAGCUAAAGAACUUUGACUUCGAUAUUUAUUUGAUAAUUUUAGUGUAUCGUAAUAAUUUAUAUCGAUUCUAGAUUACUAAUUCAAAAUUUGUUUAGAGGAUCUACAACACUAACAUUUGACGUAAAUGAGCAAUUUUUGUUUCCUACAAUAAAUAAGUACUCCUACAAUCUUCUCAUACGCUUAAUUACUCUGUGCAAACUCUGAGCUUAGUUCCUAGUUUAUAAAGUUCCAUUACUACGCUCAAUGUAUGUCAUGUGAGUAGGGAUAUUGUCUAUAAAUGAACAGAUUGUUGUAAACAAUGUUAGGUUCCCCUUUCUACGAGAAAUGAUGAAAAAAAAAAACGAUAUUAAAUCCAAUCAAAGUUCACGAUUCCAUAUCAUAUUAUUUUCAUAGAAAUAUAAUGUUGAGAGCUAUCUUUGCAGCGGUAUUAUUUCGUGUUGUUUUUGUACAAUUAAAUCAAAUUUAUAACUUUUCUCGGCAACACACGUUUAUAAUUACCUUAGAUUACACAUUAUACAUAUUAAGACAUUAAAAAAAAAAA